AUAUAUAUAUUCUUUGGAAUUUUGGGUAUUGACAUGACUGCAUGAUUUGUCGUUUAUUCCUCGAAUUGGGUUGUGUUCAUUUACUAGGAUCCAGCUGGUUAAUGUUCUUGGUAGCUAUGCUUUCCUCUGUUUUCACCUUCCUCCGUGUGUUUGUUAAAAUGCCAAAGCUAAACUGAGGAACUGGAUGCAUGUACAACAUAUCACCUCCUUCUCCCAACUCAUGAAAGAGAGUAAUUAUUCAGCGCUCUUGGGGCACGGCCACGCGAUGGUGCUUCAAUCCCUCUACAACCACACAUUAAUGUUAGGCUAUGCAGAUAGUCUUCGGCCUGACAUCAAUGUGUGGUUGUGGAGCACUGAAUAAUUUUCCAUUGAAGGAGCCAUAAUCUCUUCUACUUUCAGGGUGUUUUUUCUUUUUGCUAAGUAAUUUCAGGGUGUUAGCUAGUCAGUAAGUUAGAUUUUACAAUCAGGCGCAUGCUCGAACUCCAAAUCUUCCCUAUAAACCUAAAGGGCACCGCCACUAAAUCUAACUCAACUUGACCAUAUUCAGCUGCCAAAUUGUUUAUGUGGGUUUUGUCAAGCAAUCUAUUUACAUCAUAAUACCAGAUUAUGUAAAGGUGUGCAGGGUCACAUUUACAUCACUCAUGACAUGUGUGUAUGAAUAUAAGUGUAUUAUAUAUAUGCACUGUUAUCUUGUAGCCAAGCACCAGAACAUUGUUCUUUUUCUACUCUCCUACCAAGAUAUGGAAUACAAAACUCAGUCCCACUAAAGGGGCACCAAUACAAAUAGAGCUCUAUAAGUAGAAAGAGAGGUCUGCCAUUUAAGAGCACUACCAAAAAGAGAGAGCAAAUGACACUAGAAAAUCCUGCUCCCCUUUAUAUCCUCUUAUCGUUUCUUAUUCUUUCCUCACUGUUGCAUAGACCCACUUUUGCCUGCAAAAAGUCAUAUGUGGUGUACUUUGGGGCUCAUUCACAUGGAAAAGAUGUCUCAUCUAGUGAUUUUGAUCAAGUGACAGAAUCUCAUUAUGACUUCUUGGGAUCAUUCUUGGGAAGAGAUGAGGCCAAAGAUGCCAUAUUUUACUCCUAUACAAGACACAUCAAUGGCUUUGCUGCAACACUUGAAGAUGAAGCAGCAGCUGUGAUUGCUAAGCAUCCCAAGGUAGUCUCAAUUUUCCUUAACAAGGGAAGGAAAUUACACACAACCAGAUCAUGGGAAUUCUUGGAGCUUGAGACUAAUGGUGUGAUACAUUCCAGCUCCAUUUCGAACAAGGCACGAUUCGGUGAAGAUACUAUCAUAGGCAACCUUGACACGGGUGUGUGGCCUGAAUCACAGAGCUUUAGCGAUGAAGAAAUGGGACCAAUUCCAUCAAAGUGGAAAGGAAUCUGUCAGAAUAAUGUGGAUCGUAGCUUUCAUUGCAACAGGAAGCUUAUAGGAGCAAGAUACUUCAGCAAAGGAUAUUCAGCAAGUAAUGGCAGUCUCAACUCUACAUUCAACUCGCCACGCGACACCGACGGCCACGGAUCCCACACAUUAUCCACAGCUGGUGGUAACUUCGUACCGGGGGCAAGCGUAUUUGGGUAUGGCAAUGGAACAGCAAGAGGGGGAUCACCAAGAGCUAGAGUAGCUGCUUACAAGGUGUGUGGGCCCCCAGUGGCUGGAAACGAGUGCUUUGAUGCAGAUAUACUGGCUGCCUUUGAUUUUGCCAUCCACGAUGGUGUUGAUGUGCUGUCGGUAUCACUUGGUGGUGACCCAGUCGCCUUCUUCAAUGACAGCGUGGCCAUUGGAUCACUUCAUGCUGUUAGGCAUGGGAUAGUGGUUGUUUGCUCAGCGGGGAAUUCUGGACCUGCCAAUGGCACUGUUGCCAACCUUGCGCCAUGGCAGAUUACAGUCGGAGCCAGUACUAUGGAUCGUCAGUUUCCUAGUUAUGUUAUUCUUGGCAAUAAAAUGCAUCUCAAGGGAGAAAGCCUUUCAACUAAAGCAUUGCCGAACAACAAGUUCUUUCCAAUUAUUAGCGCUGCGGAUGCCAAAGCUGCUAAUGCAUCAGCUGCAGACGCAAUUUUAUGCAAGGGUGGGUCACUGGAUCCUAAGAAGGUGAAUGGAAAAAUUUUGCUAUGCCUUAGAGGGGUUACUGAUAGAGUGGACAAGGGUGAGCAAGCUGCCUUGGCUGGUGCCGUGGGGAUGGUUCUUGCUAAUGAUGUGCUUUCUGGGAAUGAAAUUCUUGCUGAUGCUCAUGUCCUCCCUGCUUCUCAAAUCAAUUACACCGAUGGGGUUGCUAUCUUCAAGUAUGUCAAUUACUCAAGCAGGCUUCCAAUAGCUUACAUAACACGUCCAACAACUCAGUUACCCACAAAGCCAGCUCCAUUCAUGGCUGCUUUUUCAUCAUUAGGGCCAAACACCAUUACCCCAGAUAUCCUUAAGCCUGAUAUCACUGCACCGGGAGUUAGCAUCAUAGCUGCCUACACUGAAGCACAGGGACCAACAAAUGAAGUUUUCGAUACGCGUCGAGUCCUGUUUAAUUCAGUAUCAGGCACUUCGAUGUCAUGCCCUCAUGUUUCUGGCAUUGCUGGUCUUCUGAAGACCCUCUAUCCUAGUUGGAGUCCUGCAGCAAUAAGAUCGGCAAUCAUGACCACCGCACAAACACUGGACAACACUAAGGAGCCAUUGACAAAUGCAUACUACUCACCGGCAACGCCAUUCAACUAUGGAGCAGGACACGUGCAACCAAACCGCGCCAUGGACCCCGGAUUAGUUUACGAUUUAACCCCCAAUGACUACCUGAAAUUCCUAUGCGCACUUGGGUACAAUGAAACCCAGAUCUCAAUGUUAUCUGGAACUCACUAUACAUGUCCCAAGGCCAAUAUUAGUCUCUCUAAUUUCAACUACCCUUCAAUCACAGUGCCUAUGCUAAACGGCUCCACCACUGUGACUCGAACUGUUAAGAACGUUGGUUCACCGGGUACUUACAGCGUCAGUAUCCAAAACCCGGUUGGUAUAUCUGUUUCUGUUAGUCCAGAAAGAUUGAUGUUUCGAAAAGUUGGGGAACAGAAAUCAUUCAAGGUGAGUAUGAUGGUCGAAGAAGGCAAUAAACGUAGCGAUUAUGUAUUUGGACAUUUGACAUGGUCAGAUGCUAAGCAUGAAGUGAGGAGUCCUAUUGUUGUCAAGGCAGUCUAAAGACUGCAACAUUGUGAUAAUCAUCUUCACGUAUCAAAUUGACGUUUCAUUAUUCACCCAA